AUGCGACAACCAACUAUGCCUAUCCGCUCGCCCUUUGAGUCUUCCAUAGCGAAGCCGGGCCAGGGCACCGUCGUGCUCUCCCUCCUCCCGCCUAAUAACCCCACCCUCACUACUCUCACCUACAAAUACCCUUUAAAGCUGGUCCCCAGGGCACCGGGUUUUAUCCCAGAGCCUGACCCAGCUUCGCUAUCGGACAAGUGCCCGUCAAUGCCCGUUCACCUCUACCUCCUCACAUACGGCGGCGGCUUGCUACCAGGUGACCAUAUUGAGGUGUCAAUCAAGCUUGACCCUCGCACAAGAAUGGUAGUGACCACCCCGCAGGGAAGCACAAAAAUCUUCAAAACAGACUCCAACGCCGACUCAAAUUUCAACGUCAUCAAGGGCCACCGCAAGAAGGUGCCUGCCAAUGAAAGCAUAUCAGACAUGAGUCAACAAUCAUUAGACGUAAAGAUUGGCCGCCAAGCUGCUCUCUGCUAUCUGCCCGAUCCAUCUGUACCCUACAAAGACAGCCGAUACGCUCAGGUCCAGACAUUCACCGUUGACGCUGCGGCCAAGGGUGACCAGCGCAGCAGUCUUUGUGUUCUGGAUUGGGUAACGCAGGGCCGCACAUCGCGCGGCGAGAACUGGAACUUCAGAUUCUGGAAGGGCCGCAACGAAGUCUGGGCCACAGACGAGAAGACUGGCAAGAGCCGGCUCCUGCUGCGUGACUCUGUAAUCUUGGAUGACGAAUCCGAGGCCAUAGACGCCGACGAUGAUGAGGACCUUGAUGCUGGUAGCGUGGGUGGCUUAAAUAGCCAUUCUAUCCGUGCAGAAACCCCACCUCCCCAAGCUGGUCUUGUGCCGUUGAACGUCAUCCAAGAACGAACACGGCCUCAUGGAGUCGUUGGCACACUGAUUCUGUCCGGGCCCGUCUUCGAUUCCCUUGGCGCCUACUUCUUGCAUCAAUUCACAUCGCAGCCGCGCAUCGGUAGCCGGAAUUGGUCGUCUGAUUCAUCGGCACCAGAACCCUCGCUCAGCACCAAGGGCGACGUGACCUGGACAGCAGCACGUGUGCGCGCUGGCUUUGUGCUGGUUAAGUUUGGUGCCAAGGACUUUGAAACCGCCAAGGUCUGGCUUGGCGGUUUGCUCCGUGAAGAAGGUAGCAUUACGCGCGAAUUCGGCGAAGAGGCACUCUUCUGUCUUUAA